AUGACAGAAAAUCAGAAUCUGUACUCAGGUUUCUUCUUGCAAUCUACUUCGGAGAAGGAAAAUGGGGAUAAUUCGAUCCGCGUAGAGAACAACUUGGAUACUACAAUCGGACCGCAAUCUGCACAUUCCCCGGAGCCCCACUCCCGGGAAAAUGUUCCUCUCCAUAACCUGACUAUAGAUGAUGCUCCAGAGUCACUGAAGCUGCAAGAUGUUGUCGACAACCUCCAAGUGGAAGCAAAAAAGCUUUUGAAUCUCAUAGACAGAGUCCUACCGCCGAUGAACUUAAAUAAAUCGCAGCUUAUUGCUGUAAGAAUGUCUAUGAAUGAAGAUAGACCUCUUGUUUGUAUUCAAGGAGGGCCAGGAACUGGAAAAACGUAUACGCUGGCCCAUUUACUCUUUCGAAUCAUGAGAGCAAAGAAGCGAGUCGUUGUUUUAACAUCUACCAAAGAAGCACUGAAAAUUUUGAAAGAGAUGACUGAAAAAUUACUCAAAGAACGAGAACAGGAAUUUCAGGUUCAUGAACAUGCUCUCAUGGAUAUAAACACGUACUUGGCUCUAAUUGAUGCGUCAGAACAAGCAAAGGAUGCAGUACACCAAUUUAAAGAUGCGCAAUUUGAAGAAGGUGCUCACGGAGAUUACUCGGAACGCCGUCGUCGUCUAGAGAUACCAGUUUGUAGUGAAGCUGGAAAUGAGAUCCUAAAACACGUUAAAGUUGUAUUUUCCACAAUCAAGAGUUCGUUUGUUGACGUUGUGAUGGAGUCCGAAUCGUUUAAACCGGACAUGUGUGUUAUCGAUGAAGCUUCUCAAGUGUUGGAAUGUCAGAAGUGGCCAACAACAUUGAAAGGGAAGAAGCUAGUAUUGGCAGGAGACCCCAAGCAGCUUCCAGCAUUUGUUAACAUGAAACUUGGAAGAUAUGUGAAGCCCAAUCAAUCAGUAAUGGAACGUCUCAUGCUGAAGAAGGAAAACUAUAGUUGGGUGAUGCUUAACACCCAGUAUCGAAGCCACGAAGAAAUUACCCAUUGGUCGAACACAUGCUUUUAUGACUGCGCUCUGCGAAGCUACACAAAGGAUGAAAAGUUACUUGUAUAUGAGUUGAACCCAAAACCGGAAAAACCUUGUCUCAAAUUAUAUAGCCCUAUAGUCCACAUCGACACAAGUGUGGUGAAAAAGGAUCCUGAACGAGUGUCCACUUAUGAACAACGGGUCAUAAUAGUAUUUGAUGGCGAGGAGGAGUAUUCGUACAUUAACAAAGGAGAAGCCACAUACGCCAUGCAGCAUUAUAAAAAUUUACUCGAUAUGGGUGUCCAGCCCGAUAAGAUCGCCUUAAUUUCUCCAUACAGAGCACAGGUCGAAUUGUUGAGCAGUAUGAUUGAUGAGUACUACGAGAAAACAAAAAAUAUCGAUUGCAAAAAUACGAAGAUCGGAACGGUGGACAGUGUCCAAGGGAAGGAAUAUGAUAUUGUUAUAUUCACUUCCGUCCGGAACAAUCCACAAAAAAAUUUCGGAUUUGUCGCUGACGUCCGCCGUCUCAAUGUGGCCGUGAGUCGGGCUAAACGACAUUUUGUUCUGAUCGGAAGUGGAUAUAUGUUGAAGCAUAACCAUGGCUCCGAAGUCCGCAGAUUGUUCGAUACCAUACGCAGCCUGAAUCAACGAUUCCAUCCUGCAAUUCUUACCGGAGAUUGGCAGCAAUAUGUCGACUACGAACCGAAGAACAAUUUUGGAUGGAAUUUUGAAAAUUUCAUGAAAAACUCGAACGAUACCGAGAUGAUUGAAUGGUGUGAAGAAUUCCUUAAGAACGGCAGAGACCGUUGCAGAACGGAGACAAAUUAG